AUUGACUUCUGAGCCAAAUUCAAUAUAAAAUAAUCAUACAGGUUUCAGCAGUCAACAAUCUUGAAUUAGAGAGCAAUUGUCUAUAUAAAAACAAACCUGAUGAGGAAGCUUAAACCCAUACUAAUAAGCUAGGGCUGCAACACCAUUUGUUUAUGAGGACGAAGCAAGAAUUGAGGGAGUUGCAUUUGCUACAAAACAUCCUUUCUCUGCAGGUGAACUCAUACACUGUAUGCAGGAUGGAAAUGUUGGGUUUCUUCCAAUUUUUUGGGUUCAUGAGUUUGUCACUUGUUCUCCUGUCUGAAAUCUCUGUUGCCAGUCAUUUUAUUGGUAGAAUUUACCCAGGUUUUCAAGCAGCUCAGAUUAAUUGGAUUGAUAAUAAUGGAAUGUUUUUGUUCUCUAACAACUCGAAUUUUGCUUUUGGAUUCUCUUCUACAAAGAACCCCUCUUUGUUUCUGUUGAAUGUUGUGUAUGUGGGCAGUUCAAGAAUUGUCUGGACUGCUAACAGAGGCUCUGCUGUUGGAAUUUAUGACAAAUUUGUUUUCAACAAAACUGGGAAUGUGCACUUGGAGACACAGGAAGGUAUAAUCUGGGAAGCCCUUACUGCUGGAAAAGGAGUCUAUGCUAUGGAGUUGCAAGACUCGGGCAAUUUGGUUUUGCUUGGUAAUGAUUCUAAUGACAGUAAGCCUGUCUGGCAAAGUUUUAGCUAUCCCACAGACACCCUUUUAUCAAAUCAAGUGUUCAUGGAAGGAAUGAGACUUGCAAGUGAUCCUAACCCCAAUAACUUGACCUUCUACCUUGAAAUGAAGUGGGGAGACAUGAUUCUAUAUGCAGGAUAUCAAACUCGUCAAACCUAUUGGUCUAUGGCCAACGAGGUCCGGAAAAUCAUUAACAAAAAUACUGGGGUAGUUGCCUUGGCUUCACUAACUUCCAAUUCAUGGAAAUUCUUCACUCAAAACCAGACUCUAGUUUGGCAAUUUAUAUUAAGAGACAAUCUUGAUCCCAAUACAACUUGGGCUGCAGUUCUAGGGUCUGAUGGGAUUAUCUCAUUCUACAAUCUUCAGAAAAAGCUAUCUGCUGUUACUGGGAUACCAGAAUACCGGUGCAGCACACCUGAGCCUUGUGAUCCUUAUAAUAUUUGUUAUGCUGACAACAGCUGCAAAUGCCUUCCAGUUCUUAGUUCUCAGCAAGAUUGUAAACCAGGGAUCACCUCUCCUUGUGAUGGCUCAAGAAGUUCUGUGGAGCUUGUAAAUUCUGGGGAUGCAUUCAACUAUUUUGCUCUUGGGUUUGUUCCUCCCACUUUCAAAUCAACUCUGGGCCAUUGUCAAGAAGUUUGCCUCGGUAACUGUUCAUGCAUGGUCUUAUUCUUUGAAAACAAUUCAGGGAAUUGCUUUCUGUUCAACCAGAUAGGGAGCUUGCAGCAGCGCAACAAACAGGGUUCCUCAGAAUUUGUUUCAUACAUUAAAAUCUCUAGCGGUGAAGAAAGCAGAGGUCAGAACACUCAGAAUCACUGGGUGCUUGUUUCACUUGUAGCAGCUACUACUUCGUUGGUUGUUGUAGGUUUACUUUGUUUGGGGCUCUGGUGUAGCCAGAAAAAGAAAAGGCUGCUGGGGUCUCCACAAAAUUUCUCUAGGGAGGGUAAUUUUUCUUCCAAAUAUGCCUCAGAAGAGGAUGAUCUAUUUGAGAAUAUGUCUUGGUGGCUAGUCCCCUUCAGUUACAAAGAUCUUCAAACUGCGACUAACAACUUCUCGGUAAAACUUGGUCAGGGUGGGUUUGGUUCAGUCUACAAAGGAGUACUCCCAGAUGGAACUGCCAUUGCAGUGAAGAUGCUGGAGGGAAUUGGUCAGGGUAAGAAAGAAUUUCAGUCUGAAGUAACCACCAUAGGUAGAAUCCACCAUAUCCACUUGGUCAGGCUCAAAGGCUUCUGUACUGAGGGGUCUCACCGGCUUCUUGUUUAUGAGUACAUGGCAAAAGGGUCUCUGGACAGAUGCUUUAAGAACAAUGGAGAAGGUUUAGUUUUGGACUGGGAGACAAGGUUCAAUAUAGCUUUGGGUACAGCAAAGGGACUGGCUUAUCUCCAUGAUGGCUGCAGUGUAAAGAUAGUUCACUGUGAUAUAAAACCAGAAAAUGUGCUUCUUGAUGACAAUUACCAAGCCAAGGUUUCGGAUUUCGGUUUGGCAAAGUUGAUGACAAGGGAACAGAGCCGUGUGGUGACAACAAUAAGGGGUACUAGGGGGUACUUGGCACCUGAGUGGGUCACGGACUACGCCAUAUCAGAGAAGAGUGAUGUAUAUAGCUUUGGCAUGGUUUUGCUUGAAAUCAUCGGAGGAAGGAGAAACUUCGAUCCUGAGGAAAAUUCAGAGAAGGCCUAUUUCCCCUCUUUUGCCCUCAAGAUGAUGGAAGAAGGGAAACCAGAAAAAAUAGUUGACUCAAAGCUCAAGAUUGAGGAAGAUGAUGAGAGGGUUUAUACUGCAAUAAAAGUUGCUUUGUGGUGUAUACAGGGGAAUAUGUCCCAAAGGCCAUCAAUGGCCAAAGUGGUUCAAAUGCUUGAAGGUAGCUGUGUUGUACCUCAGCCUCCAAGUUAUUCUCAAAUGGGUUCCCACUUUUUCGACAAUUUCGUUAGGCCAGUCAAGAAGUUGGGUACUUUUUCCGAAUCACCUUGUUGUCAUAUUGAUGCAUCCCUUUCAUCUACGCAGCUAUCUGGUCCAAGAUAAUAGAAGACAUAUGCUAAACAUGAAGGAAUGGCUAUCCAGAUUGGGGGUAGAGGUGGAUAUAUUUUAGAAGCUUUCAGAUUUAUAUUCUUCUUCCAUCUUCUUGGCAAGCAAACAAAGUAUUUGAGAGGUGUAUAAGUAUAUAUCAUAUUUGGAAGCUUUUUUCUGUUA